GGAUUCUCAUCACGCUGCCUUAUGUCAUCAAAAAUGUUUGGCUAUGUCUUAGCUGCUCAAAUGUACGAAUGUUCUGGUAUUGAAAUCCACAUAAUACGGUGAUUAAAUAUUUUAAAAAAAAAACAACAGAGCAAGUUAGGACAGGAGAAAAGAGUUUACCAACUGAACAGCACCCCAAGGAAAGGACUUGACAUAUAUGUAGGAACUGAAUGUGUUCUGUCCUUGCCUUGAAUGUUGUAGAAGAUGCACAGUGGGCAUUUGUGUUGAAGCAGAUUGCACUCACACAUAAAGACUGACUCCCUUUGAACCUGCAAUGGAGGAUAAUCCAGAUUUGAACACAACUGAUAAACUUCCAGAAGACGAGUCAACUGUCAAAGAGGAGAAAGAGGAAAAUGACUGGAAAAAAGGAAGUCGUCUACUCUCUGGAUUGGUGGGCUCCAAUGUCUUUCUCUUCAGCUGUGCUUUGCUAACUUGUGUGUUCACUGAGGACAUUGAGGUUUUUGAGAGAGAUUUUCUCAUAUUUCUAACUAUCAUGAUGGCCAUCUGUAUUUCGUGGAUGCUUUUCCAAAUGUACUUCACCUGGAAGAACAAAAAUGCAGUUCUGUAUAAGGAUUGCCAGGCAGGUCCAAUAUGGAUGAGAGUGGGAAUCAUUCUCUUUGGCGUCGGUGCACUUAUUAUGACCUCUUUUAAGAUUGCAUACACGGCUGAGUACACGGACUGUGCAACACCCAUGAAAAUGAUGCAACCUGUCAUACAGGCUCUCUUCAUCAUUGUUCAGACAUGUUUUCUUUGGAUCUCCUGCAAACAUUGUGUCCAGAUCUAUUUAAAUUCUACCAGGUGUUUUCUUAUGAUUCUGUUGAUGGUAAAUCUAACUAUUUGGAUUAUCAUGGUGACUGAAGAAUCCAGACAUCAUACAAUGGAACUAGAGGAGUACUUUAACAGAAAUUAUUCUAAAACAAAUACCAGCACUCUAAGUGAACAUCACGAUGAAAAUGAACAUAAGAACAGAUGUGAAUGUGCGUACAAAUGUGGAGUUGACCAAACAGUUUAUAUUUACCUGUACCCCUUUAAUAUUGAGUACAACCUUUUUGCUGCAGCAAUGAUCUAUAUCAUGUGGAAGAAUGUCGGACGCAAGAUUGACGAACAUGCUUCUUUUCACCAUGGACUGGGGCCAGGGGUUCGUCAACACAUCCCACUUCUAGGUCUCUUUUCUGGUUUGGGCAUUCUUAUUACAGGCCUAGUAAUGUUUAUCUUAUAUGAAUUGGGUAGAGGGAAUCCUCAAAAAAACUGGCUGUCAUUGACUGCCUUCUACUACUUUCAUGUGAUCAGCCUUGUCCUCAUGUGCCUGGCCAAUGUGGUGGGAAUUGUCAUUUUUAGGCUUGAUAAGAGAAACAUGGACAAUGAGAAGAACCCAAGUCGGACCUUAGAUACCGUUCUACUUUUGUUGGCAACAUUGGGCCAAUAUGCAAUUUCUUACUAUUCUAUUAUAGCCAUGGCCUCCACGGUUCCCUUUAUCUUCCUGUGUGGUUUAACCCUUUCCUAUUCUGUACUGAUGAUUAUUCAACACUCUCUGCAAAAUGUUUUUAUAAUAGAAGGUCUGCACCGUCUUCCCCCCCCCAACUUACUUAAUGCUUAUCAGGGAACAAGUCACCCCAGGCCUGUGGAACAACAUGAUUCUAUGAGAAGUAGAAGUGUGCCAGAGAAAGAAAGCAGAUUGUCCCUAACAAGCCCUCCAGAAAAACUGAGCACACCGAGAAGAGUGACCCUGACUCACCACAUUAAGAGGCAUCUGAAGAAAAGAAAAACGAUGAAGGACGUUUACUUGUUUCUCUUCCUCUGUAACCUUAUUUUCUGGAUUAUGCCAGCCUUUGGAGCUCGGAUCAGAUUUGACAACGGACUGGAGGUGAAUUUUUAUGGAUUUUCUAUGUGGGCUAUAAUUACCAAUAUUUGCCUUCCCUUUGGAAUUUUUUACCGGAUGCAUGCCGCUGCCAGUCUGCUGGAACUUUAUAGCACGGCCUAGAAGGUCUACAAUAUUUUCUGCUGUCUAAAAACACAAGACUGUUCUAUACAACAACCUGAAUGGUUAAUGUGCCAAAAGACCUUGACGUUUCAAAGAGAAGAACCUGCUGAGAUGAAAAGGGUUUGUUAAAAAAUUGACUUUUUUUAAGUAUUUUAGAGCCUCUGGUUGAGUUGUCAUGGAACUAGAGCAAAUUGUUCUCUUUCAGCAAAUACUUUGCGCACAUUUUUCCACGAAAGAGUAAUCUUGUCAACUGGUGGAUCUUAUUGGCGCAGUCUUUCAGAUGGAUUGGUCUACAGCAGAGGAAUAUUUUAAGCGUUAUAUUUUAUGUUUUGCCUAACUUCUGUUUUGUACAAUUUAGAAUAGUUCCACUAAAUUGAGACUUUUUUUGUACCAUAUUAAGGAUCAAUGAGUGAUAACUAGGUUAGAAUUCUUAUAUUUUCUAUAGCUUACUAGAAUGUUAGCUUUAACAUCAACUUCGCUGUCUAGAAUGUUUAGUGCAUGGUGUAUUUUCGGGGGAUUUUAUUUUCAUCUUUUACACAACCCAAAUCAUUUCAUUAGAAUAUUGAUAUUAAUAAAGCAAAUUAUAAUCUGUA